CACCGACGUCUGGCUGCGGCAUUGGUGCCCUCACCCAACAUGGCUGCUUUUGUGCCCGCCUCUUUGGCUUCCUUUUGUCGAGUUACUUCAGCAACUCAGUAGCAAUGGCGGCGGUGGUGGCGGCUUCCAGCAGACUUCGCGACCUUCUGACGUGGCGAUUGACAGCCCCCACCCACCUGGGUCUCAACCUAAGCCUUCGCCCCAUGGGCUCCUCUGCACAAGAUGAGGCCUCCAGAGCAGCCCCCAGUGAAGCCCCACACCACAACUAUGAGUCCCUUAGGGUGACAGCUGCCCAGAGACACAUUCUGCAUGUACAGCUAAACCGGCCGGAGAAGAGGAAUGCCAUGAACAAAGCCUUCUGGAGAGAGAUGGUGGAGUGCUUCAACAAGAUAGCACAAGACGCUGACUGUCGGGCUGUGGUGAUCUCUGGUGCAGGAAAAAUGUUCACUUCAGGUAUCGACCUCAUGGACAUGGCUGCAGACCUUCAGCCUCAGGGAGACGAUGUGGCCCGCACAAGCUGGUACCUCCGUAAGCUCAUCGCCACAUACCAAGAGACCUUCAGCGUCAUCGAGAAGUGCCCUAAGCCCGUGAUUGCCGCCAUCCACGGGGGCUGCAUUGGCGGAGGUGUGGACCUCAUCACCGCAUGUGACAUCCGGUACUGUGCCCAGGAUGCCUUCUUCCAGGUGAAGGAGGUGGAUGUGGGUUUGGCAGCUGACGUGGGAACGCUGCAGCGUCUGCCCAGAGUCAUCGGGAACCAGAGCCUGGUCAAUGAGCUGGCCUUCACCGCCCGCAAGAUGAUGGCUGACGAGGCCCUGGGCAGUGGGCUGGUCAGCCGAGUAUUCCCGGACAAGGAGGUCAUGUUUGAGGCGGCCUUUGCCCUGGCAGCCGAGAUUUCCAGCAAGAGUCCUGUGGCAGUUCAGAGCACAAAAAUCAACCUGCUCUACUCCCGUGACCAUUCGGUGGCCGAGGGCCUCAACUACAUGACGUCCUGGAACAUGAGCAUGCUGCAAACCCAGGACAUUGUUAAGUCUGUCCAGGCCGCAGUGGAGAAGAAGGACCUGAAGAGCGUCACUUUCUCCAAGCUCUGAGAGACCCUGCAUCUCAGGCCCUGGCUGGGGACCAGCCUUGCUCCCCCUCCUGCCUGUGUUUCCACAUCCACAGAGAAGGAAGGCUAGGGAAGAUGCUCAUCUUGCUGCCUUCUCACUCAGUUCAUAACCUUAUGAGCCUGAUUUCUUCAUGCCCAAGGCUGUAUCUUCCCCCCAUGAACAAUAAAGCAAAGUCAAGAA